UAUAAAAAUAAGCAUAUCCCAACCUGCAUUCAAAUCUACACACUGAUCAGUUCCCAAAAUCAACUAGCUGAUUACAUGGAACCUCGGCAUAAAUAUUCUCUUCCUCCCUUUCUCUGCUUGUCAGUAUUCUUUUUCAUUGCUAAAGCUGAAGCUUCAGUAAAGCAAAGGCCCUUCAACAACAAGGUCUCGGCUGCUUUUGUCUUUGGAGAUUCGACGGUUGAUCCUGGCAAUAAUAACUAUGUAGAGACCUUGUUUAGGAGCAAUUUUCCUCCCUAUGGAAAGGACUUCAAAGAUCAAACGCCGACCGGUAGAUUUACUAACGGGAAUCUUUCUACUGAUCUCGUUGCUUCAUAUAUAGGCAUAAAAGAAUAUUUGCCACCAUAUUUGGAUCCAACCCUUAGCAUUGAGGAGCUAAUGACAGGAGUUAGCUUCGCCUCGGCCGGAUCUGGAUUUGAUCCACUUACACCACAAAUAUCUAGCGUGGUUUCGAUUCCGAAGCAGUUGGAGUAUUUUAAAGAGUAUAAAAAAAGACUGCAAUCUGCCAUUGGAAAGAAAAGGAUGGAAGAUAUUAUUAACAAAGCUGUGUUUCUUGUCAGUGCUGGUACCAAUGACUUUGUAAUCAACUAUUUCACCUUACCAAUUCGACGAAAGGAUUAUACUGUCUCAGCUUAUCAACAGUUCAUCUUGCAAAAUGUGAAGCGGCUCGUACAGGAUUUAGGGGAUGAAGGAGCUCGGAGAAUCGCAGUUACUGGACUGCCUCCAAUGGGUUGUUUACCGGUUGUCAUCACCCUCAACUCUCAAAACGCAAUCCUCGAACGUGGUUGCAUUGAAAAAUAUUCUCGGGUUGGAAUGGAAUAUAACCAAAUGCUCCAAAAUGAAGUGAAUUCCAUGCGUGGUAGAUUAGCUCAUCUUAGUGCAAAAAUCUUUUACAUUGACAUUUUCACACCAUUGGUUGACAUGAUUCAAGGCGUUGGAAAACAGGAUUUUGAUGAGGUUAGCCAUGGCUGCUGUGGGAGUGGUUACUUAGAAGCAGGAUUUCUGUGUAAUCCAGGAUCAUAUGUGUGUGUUGAUGCAUCUAAAUAUGUAUUUUUCGAUUCAAUUCACCCAACUGAGAUAACAUACACCAAGUUAUUUAUUGCUAAUCGUCCUGUCGUAGACUCAAUGAUCCAGGAUUGA